GAUUUCGGAAAAUAUACUAUUAACCAAAAAGUCUGUAUGCAGCAGAUACUUGCAAUUAAGAGGUAUACAGCCUAAAAAAUUUAACAUUUAGCAGAAGUUUAUGGUAUUUCAAGCACGAAUUUUAUAUACUAUCUAAGAAGAGUGAAAUUAGUAGAUCUUUCUGAUCAAGUAAUUGAAUUUAAAGCAUUCUGAGCGAAAUUAAGGAUAUUCUCUUUCGUAAUGGGUUCCGUUAUAAAAGACGUUACAAUUACCGAUGAUCACCCUUCAAAUUUUCUAAAAGAAAAGCAUUCCGAUUAUAUAGAACAUUACGGUUCAAAACAUGAUGUAUACGAAUACAAAAUGUCCGAAUAUUUACGUAUGUGCGGUUUGUACUGGGGUUUAACUGCCAUGGAUCUUUUAGGCAAUUUAAAUAAAAUGAGUAGGGAAGAUGUGAAACGCUUUGUAUUGACAUGUCAAAACGAUGACGGAGGAUUUGGAGCUUGUAAGGAUCACGAUUCUCACAUUCUGCAUACAUUAAGCGCUAUUCAGAUUUCUAUGAUGUAUGACUUAAAAGAUGAAAUCAAUGUUGAGAAGACUGUUGAAUAUAUUUGCCGUCUUAUUCAAGAUGAUGGAAGUGUUAUGGGAGACGAAUGGGGAGAAAUUGACACCAGAUUUAAUUUUUGUGCUGUCGCCUCUUUGGCAUUAUUGGGCUGUUUGAACAAGAUUGAAUCUAAAAAAGAAGCUAUUAUCAACUACGUCUUAUCUUGUAUGAACUUUGACGGAGGGUUUGGUGUUAGGCCCGGAAGUGAAUCGCAUGCUGGACAAAUAUACUGUUGUUUGGGCUGUUUAUCUAUUUUAGGUGCUUUGGAGCAUGUCGAUAGAGAAUCUUUAGGGUGGUGGCUAGCCGAACGGCAAUUACCGUCAGGCGGCUUGAAUGGCCGUCCGGAGAAAUUACCUGAUCUCUGCUAUUCGUGGUGGGUCGUGGCUUCUCUUAAGAUUAUUGGAAAGGUCCAGUGGAUUGAUAAAGAAAAGUUAACUAGAUUUAUUUUGGCUUGCCAAGACGAAGAAACCGGCGGCUUCGCCGAUCGACCCGGUGAUAUGGUUGAUCCUUUCCAUACACUUUUUGGAAUUGCCGGUCUAUCUCUUUUGAAAAGUACCGACAAUGACGUAAGAGACGUUAAUCCCGUAUUUUGUAUGAGUCAAGACCUUUUGAACAAUUUAGGUGUAAAAUCGUCGAUAAUAUCUUGA